AUGUUCCUCGUGUAUCAAGACUCUUUGGUUUCUGCGAAUGGAGUGAAGAGUACCACUUGCUGUUCAGACGGUCUUGGACUGAACUAUACUUUACCGAUGUUCAACGAAUGUAAGGAGAAACCUCACCCGAAUGGUGGCAUGGUCCAGACCAUUCCUAAGCUCAUUCCCUACACAGACAAGGAGGCAGCUUGCCCAAGAAGGAAGAGCAAACUCGGGAUUCCACCGGGACAUAGAGUGUGUAGAUUCCCUGAUUGCCAUGAAAACACUUGUCAAAACGGAUGGUGUGAGGAGACUAUGAUAGACUUUGAAUGCCACUGCCCCGAGGGAUACGAAGGGAAACGUUGCGAUAAACAUGGUAAUGUACCUAGUACGCCAGAAUUCCCAAUGCCGCAAUCAACAACUGAGAUUGUCAUUCCUACCGAAGAAAAUGUGCCUAGAAUGCCAGAAUCCACAUGGUCGGAAUCAACCACUGAUCCUAUCUUAACAACUAAUGGUAAUGUACCUAGUACGCCAGAAUUCCCAAUGAUGGAAUCAACCACUGAGGCUAUCAUUUCUACUGGCAUGACUGAAGAAAAUGUGCCUAGAAUGCCAGAAUCCACAGGGUCGGAAUCAACCACUGAUCCUAUCUUAACAACUGAAUGA